CUUUCCACAGAUGGAGGUGACUCAGUAGAAGGGGCAGGAGAUGGAACAGCAGGAACCAGAAGGAGCUGGGACUGGCAAGACAGCAAGCAAAGGGCCCCUUCCCCUCCAAGCUGGGAGUGGGGUUGAAUUCAGUGAAAGGGCUGGGCCAGAGGUCCUGGCUAAAGACACCAUGACCUCAGAUAUACCUUCCCAGCACUUCCAGCAGUUACGCUACCAUGAUGCCGAAGGGCCCCGAGAGGUUUGCAGCCAGCUCCAUGGACUUUGCAGCCAGUGGCUGGAGCCGGAGAGGCACACCAAGAAGCAGAUCGUGGACCUGGUGAUCCUGGAGCAGUUCCUGACUCUCCUGCCCCAGGAAAUGCAGGGCUGGGUCAGAGGAUGUGGGCCGGAGACCAGUUCCCAGGCGGUGGCCCUGGCCGAAGGUUUCCUCCUGAGCCAGGCAGAGGAGAAGAGGCAGGCACAACAGAUGUGGGCCCCAUCUGUGAAGAAAGAAGCAGUGUUCCCUGAGGCGGAAGGAGCUUCCUUGGAUCAAGGGCAGAGGGCGCAGGCUGUGGAGCGUGCCCAAGAUGCCCUCUUCUGUGGUAAGGGGCUUUUGUGGCUGGAUGUGACUGCGGCAGCCUGUAAAUGUGAUGGGAACGGGCAGUGGAGAGAUGCUGUUGAAUCGUUAUCUUUUCAGAGGUGUGGAAACGGCUGCUUCACCUCCCAUCCAGCAGAGGAUGAUAAGAGGAAUGAGGAGGGUGAGAAACUUCAUCAGCAGUUGCCAGAUAGAGAUAAUGAAGAUGUGAAAGGAAACUUCAGGGAUAAAGGCAGAAGUCAAAGAAAGAAAGACAGCCACUUGGUUGAGAAGAGAGGUGGAAGAAAGCAUAACAUAUGUUUUACAAAGCACAAUAUAAUGGAGAAAAGUAAAUCCAUUCAGUGUGGGAUGUACAUCAAAUAUAGAUCGCAGCUUCUUCUGAACCAAAGAAUUCACAGAGGAGAGAAACCUUCAGAGUGCGGAAAGAAUUUCAGUCGGAGUAGCAAUCUCCAACAGCAAAGAAUACACACAGGCGAGAAACCUUUUGAAUGUUUAGAGUGUGGAAAGAGAUUCAGUAAUAAUGCAGGUCUUCAAUACCAUCAAAAAACCCACACAGGGGAGAAACCUUUUAAAUGCUCAGUGUGUGGAAAGAGCUUCAUUUUUAAUUGUAGUCUUCAGUAUCAUCAAAGAAUCCAUACAGGGGAGAAACCUUUUGAAUGUUCAGAGUGUGGAAAGAGAUUCAGUCAUAAUGCAAGUCUUAAAUAUCAUCAAAGAAUCCACACAGGAGACAAACCUUUUGAAUGCUCAGAAUGUGGAAAGAGAUUCAGUUGUAAUAGCCAUCUUCAACAGCAUCAGAAAACUCACACAGGGGAGAAAUCUUUUGAAUGUUCAGACUGUGGAAAGAGAUUCAGUCAUAAUGCAAGUCUUCAAUAUCAUGAAAGAUCCCACACAGGGGAGAAGCCUUUUGAUUGUUCAGUGUGUGGAAAGAGCUUCACUUUGAGUUUUAGUCUUCAAUCACAUCAAAGACUCCAUACAGGGGAGAAACCUUUUGAAUGUUCAGAGUGUGGAAAGAGAUUCAGUCAUAAUGCAGGUCUUCGAUAUCAUCAAAGAACCCACACAAGGGAAAAACCUUUUGAUUGCUCAGUGUGUGGAAAGAGCUUCACUUUGAGUUUUAGUCUUCAGUCACACCAAAGACUCCACACAGGGGAGAAACCUUUUGAAUGCUCAGAGUGUGGAAAGAGAUUCAGUUAUAAUGCAAGUCUUCGAUAUCAUCAAAGAACCCACAAAAGAGAAAAACCAUAUAAAUGCUCAGAGUGUGGGAAAACAUUUAGUCAUGGUAGCAGUCUUCAAUAUCAUCAAAGAACCCACACAGGGGAAAAACCUUUUGAAUGCUCAGAGUGUGGAAAGGGAUUCAGUCAGAGUUGCACUCUUCAAAAGCAUCAAAAAAGCCACACAGGCGAAAAACCUUUUGAAUGCUCAGAGUGUGGAAAGGGAUUCAGUAAAAGGAGCAUUCUUCAGCAGCAUCUAAGAACCCACACAGGGGAGAGACCUUUUGAAUGCUCAGUGUGUGGAAAGAGAUUCAGUAUGAGUUCACAUCUUCAAAGGCAUGAAAAAACUCACACAGGGGAGAGACCUUUUGAAUGCACAGAGUGUGGAAAGAGAUUCAUUGUGAGUUCAGAUCUUCAAAGGCAUGAAAAAACUCACACAGGCGAGAAACCUUUUGAAUGCACAGAGUGUGGAAAGAGAUUUAGUGAAAGGAGCAGUCUUCAGCAGCAUCUAAGAACCCACACAGGGGAGAGACCUUUUGAAUGCUCGGAGUGCGGAAAGAGAUUCAGUGUGAGUUCAUAUCUUCAAAAGCAUGAAAAAACCCACACAGGGGAGAAACCUUUUGAAUGCUCAGAGUGUGGAAAGAAGUUCAGUAUUAGCUGCAAUCUUCAAAGGCAUCAGAAAACCCACACAGGGGAGAAACCUUUUGAAUGCUCAGAGUGUGGAAAGAGAUUCAGUAUGAAUUCACACCUUCAAAGGCAUCAGAGAACUCACACAGGGGAGAAACCGUAUGAAUGUCCAGAGUGUGGAAAGAGAUUCAGUCAAGGGAGCACUCUUCAGGAGCAUCAAAGAACCCACACAGGCGAGAAACCUUUUGAAUGCACAGAGUGUGGAAAGAGAUUUAGUGAAAGGAGCACUCUUCAGCGCCAUCAAAAAACCCAUACAGGGGAGAGACCUUUUGAAUGCUUAGAGUGUGGAAAGAGAUUCAGUAUGAGUUCAUACCUUCAAAGGCAUCAAAAAACCCACACAGGGGAGAAACCUUUUGAAUGCACAGAGUGUGGAAAGAGAUUUAGUGAAAGGAGCGCUCUUCCACGCCAUCAAAGAACCCACACAGGGGAGAGACCUUUUGAAUGCUCAGAGUGUGGAAAGAGAUUCAUAUCCUCGUCAAGCAUCAUCGAGCAUCAAAGCAUCCACAGUGGGGAGAGACCUUUUGAGUGCUCAGAAUGUGGAAAGAAAUUCAGUCAUCAUAGCCAUCUUCAACAACACCAAAGAACCCACACAGGGGAGAAACCUUUUGAAUGUUCAGAGUGUGGAAAGAGAUUUGGUCAGAGUUGCAGCCUUCAACAACAUCAGAGAACCCACACAGGGGAGAAACCUUUUGCAUGCCCAGAGUGUGGAAAGAGAUUCAGUCGCAGUAGCAGUCUUCACCAACAUCAGAGAACCCACACAGGGGAGAAACCUUUUGAAUGCUCAGAGUGUGGAAAGAAAUUCAAUCAUCGUAGCCAACUUCAACAACACCAAAGAACCCACACAGGGGAGAAACCUUUUGAAUGCUCAGAGUGUGGAAAGAGAUUCAGUCAGAGUUGCAGCCUUCAACAACAUCAGAGAACCCACACAGGGGAGAAACCUUUUGAAUGCUGCGAGUGUGGAAAGAGAUUCAGUCAGAAUGGCAAUCUUCAACGGCACCAAAGCAUCCACAGAGGGGAGAAACCUUUUGAGUGCUCAGAGUGUGGAAAGAAAUUCAUUCAUCGUGGCCAUCUUCAACAGCACCAAAGAACCCACACAGGGGAGAAACCUUUUGAAUGCUCCGAGUGUGGAAAGAGAUUCAGGCAGAGUGGCCAUCUACAACAGCAUCAAAGCAUCCACAGAGGGGAGAAACCUUUUGAGUGCUCAGGGUGUGGAAAGAGAUUCAGUUUCAGUUCCAGCCUUCAGCAGCAUCGAAGAACCCACACAGGGGAG